CUUCUCCCAGGACAUGUCUUAUUCUAUCGUGAAUAGAGCCAAGCCGGUCACAAGGGCGGCUCGGCCCGGCGCAGCUAUGGAGAACGGGCAGGAUAGGGAUGGAGUGGCAAAUGGAGGUGGGAUGGGUAAGGCUCUAGCGAGAGGUAGAGGUGGAGAUUCUAGCACAGGUACACGUACAGGACUGGGGAGAGGUUCUAGUUCAGGGCGAGGGAGCGGUUCAAGUUCAGAUUCAGGACUAGGUAAAGGUCCAAGUACACGUUUAGGGCUAGGUAAAGGUUCAAGUACAGGACAAGGUAAAGGUUUAAGUACAGGACUGGGGAGAGAUUCCAGCACAGGUAUAGGUUUUGGGAAAGGUUCAAGUCAAACAAAGGUUUCAAGUACAAGCCUAGGUACAGGUGGGGGUAAGGCCAGUGUUGCAGUUGUGCGGAAAUGCACUGCCACUCAUCAAAAUGUAACCCCACACAAAUCGGGUCAAAAAACAACUCACUGUUAUGGUGCAUAUUCUGUAACAGUGCCAGAUCAGAAGAAGAGAAAUGAGUUGCUGAACAAAGCAGCGACAGAGUUGGCUGCCUUGGAGAAGCUGAAGCGUCGAAAUAUAAGUAGAGUUUCCACUAUUCCGAGAACUGUUGGGGGUACGUUGUCUCAGGAGGAAGUGAGACGAAAACAGCAGCUGGCCUUCAAUGCAGGCUCAAUGGAGUAGGCAGCAAAAUCUGGAAAACCAGCCAUAAACUGAACCAGUGAAUAUGCAUUGCUACAGCUGGAAGAUAACCUGCUGCAUGGGAGUAAAGUCUCCAAAAUGGUCAAAAAUAAAGCCUCAACCAUUGUCGUUUCUCAGGGAAUUAUAUCUUUUUUUAACCGCGAUCCAACGUCUUUGUUUGCCCUUCUCUCUCUCUCAGAGUUUCGGAAGAAGGAAAAUGGAGGCACAAGGAAC